GUCCUCUUCCGUUGAACGUCGCGAUCGGUCAGUUACGCAGGUUUGUCCACGCGAACAAAUCGAACCCAAUCGAUGGUGAAAGCAUUCCCUGUUCGGUCUAGGCUGGAAUAGGCGCGUUAGCGGACACACAAUGGCGCCAAAGGAUGAUGCAGAAGUAACCGCGUUGAAGAAAGAACUCAGUGAUUUGAUCACCAAAAUAAAGGACGAGCAAAAGAAGGCCGCCGACUGCACGCUGCAGGACAAAUGCUCGGACAUGGGGGACGCACCGAAGGUGCGCAUCACGACGAAAAAGUUCCUCAAGGGUCACAUCAACAAGGUCAACUCGGUGCACUUUGCGGGGGACUCGCGGCACUGCGUUACGGGUUCGCUCGACGGCAAGCUCAUCAUCUGGGACACCUGGACCGGGAACAAGGUGCAGGUCAUCCCGCUGCGGUCGGCCUGGGUCAUGAGUGUGGCCUUUGCCGAGUCUGGGAACUUUGUGGCUUGCGGGGGCAUGGACAACAUGUGCACCGUGUACGACAUCAACAACCGGGACGCCCAGGGCAACGCCAAGAUUGUGCGCGAGCUGGCCGGCUACGAGGGUUUCCUGAGCUCGUGCCGGUUCCUGGACGAUACGCACGUGCUGACCGGGUCCGGCGAUCUGAAGAUUUGCAUUUGGGAUCUGCAGGUGGGCAAGAAGACGUCCGAGUUCGAUGCCCACAACGGGGACGUGGUUUCGAUCUCGCUCAGUCCGGACAAGAAUACGUACGUGACGGGUUCGGUCGAUCGGACCUGUAAGCUGUGGGAUGUGCGCGAGUCGACGCCGAAGCAGACGUUCUUCGGGCACGAGGCCGACGUCAACAGUGUCAGCUACCAUCCCAGUGGCUUCGGAUUUGCCACCGGCUCGGAGGACAAAACGGCUCGUCUGUUCGACUUCCGGUCGGACCAGCAGAUUGGUCACUUUGAACCACCAAACAAGAGCAGCGGUUUCACUUCAUGCGCUUUGUCGUAUAGUGGCCGUUACAUUCUGUGCGGAUCCGACGACAACAACGUCCACAUUUGGGACACGAUGAAGGGAUCGCAUAACGGUACGCUGAGUGGCCACGAGAAUCGUGUCACUUCAAUUUGCAUGGCCCCGAACGGAAUGGCGCUGGCCUCGUGCAGCUGGGACAAUCAUGUCCGCGUUUGGGUCUAAAGAAGAGGGAAUAUGUCGCGCCAGUUUGAGGAAAUCGACGAAGUUUUGGCUGGUUUGGAUAUUUCAGUUGUUUGUUUUCUUGCUUUGUAGUGAAGUCAUUCGGAGAAAGUGUUAUACUUGCAAUUGCUAGAAUCUAAAUAAAAUAAUAAAACUGUUACAUUACACAGUCCAAUACAAACCAAA